AUGGGCAAUGGAGAACAUGCUACAACAUUCGACCUGCCAGAGAUUUGGAACAGAUUGCAAGGACCUGAUUUCAAAGGGGGCAUUGCGUUUACCAAGGAAGGGUUUCAAUUUAUCUUUGAUCUUGAAACCGACAUCCAGAUGGUGCUGAAGCAAGGGUUUUGGAUUUUCGAUGACUGGGGUAUGGCUAUGGAAAGUCAACUAUCUCAUGAUGCAGUGGCACACGACCUUGGGCAUGUAAAAUUGAUAGAUUUUGAUCCUUCGAAGCCUCAUAUCCUUGAGUAUGUAAGGGUCCAAGUAGUUCUGGAUAUCAAUCAGCCACUACGGGAUAAGAAGUCAGUGACUUUACCUGGAGGUAGAAUUGAGUAUGUAGAUGUUGAGUAUGAAAGAGUGAGGAAGAAGUGCUUUCACUGCCUGAGACUUUCUCAUUAA